AUGCCUGAAGUCACUGAAGGUGGUAAUGCCGCUUUCCACAACUAUCUGAACGAUUUCUCCCAUAUCGAAGACCCUCUAGAGAGAAGAAGAUUGGCUCUACAAAAAAUUGAUGAAGCUAAAUUCGGCUGGUAUCACGUGAAAGCCAUCCUGGUUGCAGGUGUAGGUUUCCUUACCGACGCUUACGAUAUCUUUGCAAUCAAUUUAGGUGUAUCAAUGAUGUCCUAUGUCUUUUGGGGUGGUCACAUUCCUUCCUCUACUGAAACUUUACUAAAAGUAUCCACUUCUGUAGGUACCGUCAUCGGUCAAGUCGGGUUUGGUACUAUGGCUGAUAUCGUCGGUCGUAAAAAAAUUUACGGUUUAGAAUUGAUCAUCGUCAUCGUAACUACCAUCUUACAAUGUACCACAGGUCAUUCCCCUGCUAUCGAAUUCCCUGCCAUUUUGACUUUUUACCGUAUCAUCAUGGGUAUCGGUAUCGGUGGUGAUUAUCCUCUAUCUUCUAUCAUCACUUCAGAAUUCGCUACUACCAAAUGGAGAGGUGCCAUCAUGGGUGCUGUCUUCGCUUCUCAAGGUUGGGGUCAAAUCACAGGUGGUAUCGUCGCCAUGAUCUUGAUUGCCGCUUACAAGUCUCAACUGAUCGAUGCAAACACUGCCGCAGAAUGUGGCCCCGCUUGUAUGAAGGCUUGUGAUCAAAUGUGGAGAAUCUUGAUCGGGUUCGGUGCCGUCCCAGGUAUGAUCGCUUUGUACUUCAGAUUGACCAUCCCAGAAUCUCCUCGUUACGCCUUGGAUGCAGAAUUAAAUAAAAUCACUAAUGCUCAAACCUCCGGCGGAUCCUCAUCCGCAAGCGAGUUCAACACUACUGCCGAUGAAAAGGAUCAAGGUUUCAACACUACUGUCAAGUCCCUAGAUAACAAAGAACGCACCGAAAUAAACCAAGUCAACGUCAACAACGGCAAUGAAGAAGCUCACAACCAAGGCCCUCCAAAGGCCUCUUUCAAGGAUUUCCGCCAUCAUUUCGGUCAAUGGAAAUAUGGUAAGAUUUUGUUGGCUACUGCUGGUUGUUGGUUCAUGCUGGACGUGGCCUUCUAUGGUAUUUCUUUGAACAGUGCUGUCAUCUUACAAACUAUCGGUUUCGCCUCUUCAGAUAACGUCUACCAUAAAUUGUACAACUCUGCCGCUGGUAACUUGAUCUUAAUCUGUGCUGGUUCUUUACCGGGUUACUGGUUUUCUGUUUUCACUAUAGAUACAAUCGGUAGAAAACCAAUUCAAGUUGGUGGGUUCGCCAUCUUAACCGCUUUGUUCUGUAUCAUCGGUUUCGCUUACCAUAAGGUCGGUUCUCACGGUUUGUUAGCAUUAUACGUCUUGGCUCAAUUUUUCCAAAAUUUCGGUCCAAACGUUACUACUUUCAUUAUUCCAGGUGAAAUCUUCCCAACCAGAUACAGAUCCACAGCUCACGGUAUCUCUGCUGCCUCAGGUAAGAUCGGUGCCAUCAUCGCCCAAACCGCUUUGGGUACCUUGAUCAACCACAACUGUGCCAGAGACGGUAAGGAAGAGAACUGUUGGUUGCCACACGUCAUGGAAAUCUUCGCAUUGUUCAUGUUGCUAGGUUUCCUAUUGUCAUUUUUAUUGCCAGAAACAAAGAGAAUGACUUUGGAAGAAAUUUCUGAAAAAUACCAUGGCGAAGUCCCAUUAGGAGGUCCAUCUAUCUCUACUCCUACUUACAACGAUACCAUUAGCUCAGCUUCUAUCAAUCACAUGGUUUAG